CUGUGGAUCACCCCAAAGUCAAGAAAGAGAAGCAUACAAUGUUUGACAUGCUUGUAAAUAUUUUACUCGAAGUUAGAAAAAGUGCCAAUAACGUGCAAAUGUAUUUUUCUGACAUUUCCUUUCGGUUACAAAAUGUUUAACUCACUAUACCUGCUUUAAAUGCGCAGUUAAGAUAGACAUGAAUUUCGGACGUGAUGGAAGUGCACCGCAAACGUCGUCGGAUUUGGGAGUGAUGGAACCACACAGCCGACUGAAAGCCUUGUCUGACUACGGAAAUGCCGUGGAUAUAGACUACAAUAUUCCUCCUCGAAGAUAUUUUAGAUCCGGUCUGGAAAUGGUCAGAAUGGCGAAUGUUUACCUCGAUGAAGGAAGCCUGGAAAACGCCUUCAUUCUUUAUAUGAAGUUUAUGACACUGUUCAUUGAAAAGAUACGACAACAUCCUGAUUUCAAGACAGUAUCUGUGGCAGAUCGAGCAAUUAAUGCCCAGAAACUGAGGGAAGUUUUACCAAGAGCUGAGAAACUUAAAUCACGACUUUUAGAGCAGUACACUAAAGAGUAUCAGCGAUAUCUGGAAGAUAAGCGGCGCAGGGAAGAGAAGGAGAGGGAGCUUGAACGUAAGAGAAGGGAGUCUGAAGAAAAGAAGAAAUUACUUCCUCCCAAAGUUGCUGAAAACUCAGAAAUUAAUACUGGGGAUUUGAUCUCACCAGUGAUACUUGUUCCUCCACCUUCAACAGAUGCAAUAUCAUAUCCUGAGAGUUUGGAACCAGUGAAACCACAAAUACCCAAGCCUGACACUCUUGAAUUGCCUGCACCAGGAGUACCAUCAAGACCAACUUUUGACAGAUCAGCAAAGCCUCUGAGUUUGCUGAGUCCAUCAAUACACAGUAAACCAGGGCUAAGAGAUGUUGUCAUACCUUCUAAGCUUAUGGGCAAAUUCAUGGCAUUAGCUCAACGGAAUACAGAACAUAAUGUUGAGACAUGUGGUAUUUUGGCUGGCAAAUUGGAACAGAAUCAGUUGAUUAUAACUCAUCUGCUGGUUCCUAAGCAGACUGGUACACCAGAUUCAUGCACUACACAGAAUGAGGAAGAAAUAUUUGACUAUCAAGACCAGCAUGAUUUAAUUACAUUAGGUUGGAUUCAUACACAUCCUAGUCAGACAGCAUUCCUCUCUAGUGUGGAUCUUCACACACAUUGUUCUUACCAACGUAUGAUGCCAGAGGCACUUGCUAUUGUUUGUGCACCUAGGUACAAUGAAAAUGGAUUCUUUAUGCUAACACCAAAUUAUGGUCUAGACUUCAUAGCAAACUGCAGGCAGACAGGAUUCCACCCUCAUCCCACUGAACCACCACUAUUUACAACGGCAGAACAUUCCAGACUGGAUAAUAGAGCCUGUAUAGAGGUUGUCGACCUGAGAAGAUGAAUGUGAUGGCAAAUGAAGACUGAUAUCACGUGAUAUUCAUAAAUUUAUAACAAUUUUAUGGGCUACCUCAUCCUGUCUGCCUUUGGAAAGUUAAAAGUUGCUGGGCUUUUUACAUGGUCUUGUUAGCUAUUCAUUUCAUCAUUCACAAAUAUAUUUUUUAUGACUUUCAUUUUAAUGAAAAGACUGCAAAUAUCAUACAGUUAUUGUUUGUGGUUUUAUCAGGAAAUUAUUGCUUGUGAUAAUGCUUGUGAUAUUUGAAGAGCUAUAAAUCAGUGGUGAAGCAUGUGUCUAUUAAACAAAGGUAGCAAGAGAUUGCAUUAAAGUGCACACUCCGUAUGCUUAUCGUCAACAGAUGUGCUGUGUAGAGAGGAUCAGUAAAAUCUGUUACUGGUAUAAUGUACUUGUUUUGUGUUAGGUUGUACUUUCCUAAGGUUACCACGCCCCAAACAGGGAAAAAAAAUCAUGGAUAUGUAUCAUGAAAGGAGCAAAAAAUUAUAAAAAAUUAUGGAAAAAU